UCACUGUUUUGUUACAGUUCGGUUUUAGAUGAAUGGUAGUUUUUAAGGUUUACGCGGAGUGAAAAAAAGUUUUAGUAACUAAAAGUUUAGUGAUGUGUGUUUGUGAUGUGCUGUAACCUUUGAAGAUGGGAGGUCAACGGUGAGUUUCCGUAAUUCUGCAGCUGAAUUAUAGAUUGAAGCAGAUGUCCCCAACCAUCUGACCGAGUACAGGGAGUGGAUGACAGUCCCUUCUCUGUGACUUGAUUCCGUUAGUUGGGAGAACUUAAAGCGUCCCCACCAGAGAUCAGCACCAACAGCAGGUAGCUACAUCAUCCAACAUGGCGGCCUUUGUGGCGAAGCAGAUGGUCGGAAACAAGCUGAACGCCGUGAAAGGUGCGGUGGGAGGCGAUGAUGACGGUGAUGACAAGGAGAAGGAGGAGGAGGCCGAGAGAGAGCGGCAAGAGGCCAUCAGAGAGGCCGAAGAGAGGCGGAAAGAGAAACACCGGAAAAUGGAGGAGGAACGUGAGAAGAUGAGGCAGGAGAUCAGGGAUAAGUACAAUAUAAAGAAGAAAGAAGAGGUGCAGGAACAGAUGCCUCAGGAGGAGCCGAAUCCUCUGAUGCGGAAGAAGAAGACUCCUGAAGAGUUGGCGCGAGAGGCGGAAGCAGAAGAAGAGGACGAGUUUACGAGUAAGAAAGAAUUGAAGAACUCAAUAGAGACACAAGUGAGCGAGCUCAAGUCUACAAUCGAGAGUAAAUGUGUUCUCCAGUGAGUUAAUAGUGAAGGAUCAAUAUGUAAUGAUACAUGCUAACAUGGCAGCAAAUAAACAGUUGAAAUGAAAAACUCAGUUAUGUAAAGCCUGUUCACGAUCAUUUUUGUAAAAUGAAUUAAUUUGAUUUAACAAGAGACUGCGAUAUAUAUAGUAGUUCCCAACUACAAUAAUAAGUAAUAUUAAAAUUUGAAGAGUAAAUAAUUUACAUUUACAUUUACUAAAUAACCAUGCUUGCCAGCUGUUAGUUUUUGUAGCAUUAUCAAAGUAUAUAUAAUAUGGAAGAUACAUAAACAACAGUGCAUAAGUUUCUAUUGUGGUUUGUAGAAAUAAUGCUAAUAUAAUGUAAAAUUGUAAGUUAGAGCUGAAGACGAGGAUGAAGAAGAAAAAUAUUAACUUCACUUCUUUGUACAGAAUUGUAAAUUUUGAUGACUUAAGACAUUUGUAUGUUCUUACUUUAGGUCAAAAAAGAUGAUAAUACAAUAUUAGUAUUAAAUAAAAGCUCAAAUAUGUUUUAACAGGUUUGUUGUUAAGAAAUGGAGAACAUUUUAAAAUUUUUAAUUUCUUUUGUAAGGUUUUAUAAAGCUACAAGAAUGUGACAAGAAGACUUCACCAGCACCUCGACAUAGCAACUCUACACUUUCAAAAUAUGUAUGAUAUCUUUUGUGUAAAAGUGUGAAAGGAUGGAAGUUUAUGUAUCACAUUUUUGUACCUUCAGUUAUAAACAUUUGCAUGGAAGUUUUAUACGAUAACGUUUUCAACAAACACACAACUGUAACAAGGGAGAACAUGUUAAAAGUAAUAUGGUCAUGUCCUUAAAAGAGUUUUAUUCUGCUAGACUGUAAAUGGUGGCUCCUUCUGUUAGUUAGCUGAACAGUAUUAAGCCUUUUGUAAAUAAAAUUCCCUGUUGAUUAUGUUAAGUUAGUUGUUUUUGUUAUAAAAUGAAUGAAUAGAAUUAACUUUUGUAAGUGAAAUAUACGUAAUACUUUGUAGCACCUAGAAUUAAUUCCCACUAAGUACCACCAUAUUUUAGAGAGAAAAGGAACUCUGACCUGCCAUGGCCGGUUGGAAUCAUCCAAAUUCCUUUUCAUGAAUGUAUCUCUGUAAUUUCCCUUCCUACCCUCUCUGCACAUGACUCCAUAAUUUGAUCAGAAUUUUACCAAAUAAGACAAUUUCAUUGUGUCUAUUUCUUUUGUAAUAUAUUUGUCCAAAUUACCUAGGAAGAGCCUUUCCACAUAUUGUUUUCCUAGAUAUGUUCAUCAUUUCUGUGACUAAUUUAAUAUUACAGCAUGAGCCAAAUUAUGUCACCUAAACAAGUUCAAUGCAUACGUAUGUUGCAUCAGACUUACAUAUUUUAACAUUACUAUUGGAUUGUCACUUUGAAACUCUAGUAAUAUAUGACUUGAUGUAUACAGAACUCUCAUACUAAAUGGGAGAAUUUUGAGUUUGAAAUUGUCUGUAACCUAACCUUUCUUGUUGUUGCAUAUUCUUCCUCUUCUUCCUUGCUCGGCAGCUCCCUGACACAGCCAGCAGAUGUUUCUGAUGUACUAAUUGUGAUGCUAUUGAUGUAAUAUAUCUUUUAUGUGAGACUUUAUUUGUUUCCAUGUGCAUACAAAUGCACACAAUAUUUAUUAUUGGGUCUUGCUCACUUGCAUAUUGCUUGUCUCUUGUUCUGAAACUUUAAUAGGAUUUUAAUGUGAAAAGUUUUUUCAGUUAUUAUUUUAUAAAUCAGCAUUCGCUGUGGUAAUUUAUAAGCUAUUCAGCCAAUUUGUAAAUUAGUUGACAAGUUAAAUUAUCAGUUCCAUGUUCCAGCUAUAAUAUCUAUAUACUUUAGUAAAACUCUACCAGAAAUAUACUGUUUCGACUUUCCCCUCACUUUUAUAGGCAAGUAGAAUCAGUAUUAGGGAAAAAGAAAAUUGACCUCUUGAUAGCAGAAUAAUGUUAACAAAAAAUGCUACUGAAGGAUUACAGAAUGCUCUUAUACCUAAUUAAGGUCUAUUUAUACACCACCUUCAAUUUGCUCAGACCAUUUUUCUCCAUUAUGAUGUUGGUAUGUUAAAUUUAAAUCACAUAAUGAAAAGUGAUCCUGACCAGAAUAAUACAUAUAGUAUAUUAUGUGUGAAAAAGGUAUGUAAGCCAUAUGAAAAUAUGGGCUAUUGAACAAAAUUUGUGCUAACUGAUUUUCAUUAUCGGUCUUCCCAUGUGUCAUACAGUUAACUGAUUAUGCAUUCUGAACAAAUGAAGGUGGAUAUUAACUACUGAUAAAGAUAAGAGGUUGAAAAAAUAUAGGAUGCAUGAUAACUGAGGGGAAAUUUUAAAUGAGAUGAGAAAAUUAAAAUGGAAAGACUUUAAGAUAUGUCUUCUUCUUGCUUACAUGUGUCAAUAAACUAUAUAUAUCAUAAUUUUAAUAAAAAGAACUACAGUUAACAUUCUGAUAACUAUCAGAAAUUUUUAAACUUACCAAUAGUACCUAAUAAUUUAUUACAUUUUUUUAAUUGGUCUGUAGAAAUAUGAAUUUGGAGAUGAAAUUAAUACACACUGGUACUCCCUUUAAUUACAGCAUAGUUGUUUGGUAAUAUGAUUUUCUUAAGCAUUUUGCAAAAUGUGUUAUACCCUGUAAUGCAAGUAUCUGAAAUAUUAGCAUAGCUUAGUAUAUUUCAAUAUAUAUAUGUAGUAUAUAUUUUGUUAAGAAAACAUUCAGAAGUGUUUUAGUUAAGUGUAAUAUAUUAAUGGAUUCAACAGCAAAAUAAAAUAAACUUGUGAUCUUCACUUUCAGAUGCUAUAUUAAUUGUAAUUGCUCUUAACCUUCACUAAAUGUCAUUAGUAGUGUAUGAUAUAUAGAAGUGUUUCUGAUAACUUUGUCUGUGUAAAUUAAAAGCUUGGAAUUUGGGUGGAUCAAUAUGACCAUGGAUGAACGCCUAGAUGAGAUAAUGUGUUUUCUGUUUACAAGACUUAGUUUUCUGAAUUCCCUUCAGUUUGGAAAGUAACCUGUUUUCUUGGAAACCAUUUGAUAUUAACACAUGGGUUAAUGUCUUAAUCAGAACAAAUGAUUAAAGCAUUUAAAUGAAAUACAUGCCCAAAUUAUGUGAAGUAUUUGUAGAGAGAUUCUGAGCUUCUGAUUUAAAUGAAAGAUCUUUGAACCUCUGCUUAGUUUAGUUUAUGGUGUAACAUUUACACUAGAUGAAUUUUACAGAAUAUAUGUGUCUUCUGAGAAGUUUUCAUGCAUAUUGCAGGUUUUAGUGCUUUAUUUCUUAUAAGGCAGAGGCCUUCUGGACUUUUUCUGAGGAGACUGAAUAUUCCAAGUAGUUCAUUUUUGUCACUCUUAAGAGUUAAGUUUUGGAAACAUUCGUUGCUAUUGUAAAUGGUUCUAUUAAAUAUAGCCAUUUAGAAAGAACUGAAACAAUAUUGUGGGAUUUAUAUCAAGAUUUUAUUCAUCUGUCCAAAGAUUAAAAGGAGGAUGUAGUUUGCUAAAUUUCUGUUCAAGAACUUGCAAUAUGCAUUAUUUGAAUGGUCUGCAGUUCAUAAGUAAUACUUACAGCUGAAAGAACCAUAGUGAAGGCUUAACCCACAAAGAAAGAAGACAUGCUUGUCAGUGCAUUUGCAGUUCAUUAAAUAAUGCUCAUUUCAGAACUCUGUAUAAUCUGUAUGUUAUCCUGACAUGCAGACUGGUGCAAAAAUUUCUUUUAUUGAUUAAUUGAAACAAGGUUAAACUUUUAACAUGCCAACCACAAUGACUAUAAAAAGUGUAAUUAUUCAGCAUAAUGUUUCCAUGUCAUAGUUACAGUAUAUUCUGCGUAGUAUGUUUUAUAAGUCAAGGCUCUUCAGAAAGUACAAACCAUUCCAAAUAUCCAAAGAGACACUAUGUAAAUGUUCCCAUGCAGAUUAUUUCUCUAUUUCUUUAUGUAUAGUUUUCUUUUAGCACGUCACUUUCAAAUUUUAUGAGUGCACAUAAAAUAUACUAUGCAGUGUCUGAUACACUAUACAAUAGUUUUAAAUGUCUAUGUGCUAAUUUAUAUUCGACAAAAGUUAGUUGAUAAAAGAAGCGAAAAAUAUUACACCACAUUUCAUAUAGACAGAAGCCUUGCAAUGUAGAUCUCACCUGAAAUGCCAACCCAUGUAUCAUAAAUUCUAAGUAUUGUAGGUUAUGCCUAAAUAUGGUUCUUAGACCAUAGUAACAUUGUACAAGGUGCACAUUUAGAUUUAUUUACAUAUAGCCCUAGGUUUAACUAUUUUAAGUGUUUUCACUCUUGAUGUAUUAACAGUCAAUGUUUCUUCAUGCUGUCGAUUUAUGUUUUUGCUGUAGAUAGUACAUCUGUAGAACUCGCCAUGUAGAGGCAUAAAUCUGUAGAGUGGCAAUGUCACCCUAUGGAUUAUUAAGUAAUAUUAUCACUUUCUGCUGAUUUGACAAUGUAUUUCAAUGAACUAAAUACUACUGACAUUUAUGUGCAUGCUCAGUCAAGUGACCAUGUUUGAUAUCUAUGAGUCAAGAGCUUACACAAAUCAGUAACUAACUGAUAUAUUUCAAAGAAUACAAUUUAUAGUUGUAUGUGUCAGCUUUACUGAUUAUGUCAGUGUAACUGUACCAAAAUAAUGAACACAAUCUCUCAGUGAAUUGUUGUGCUUAACAAACCACAAUUACAUUUGCCUCUGAUAUCAUCACAAAGCAAAUUGAUUUCAUUAAGAGUAUAUAAUAGGCGUUUGUAAGAAACCAUAUGGUCUGAACUACUGAAACCAUCAUAAAAUUAACAGUGCAUAAAUAAAGAUGUAAAUACGUGACAAACUGCAAUCUCCUGAGAUAUUUUUCUCUAAAUUGUUCUCUAUACGUCUGAAUUGGUCUUUCGCUCUGCGUUUUUUUUUCCUUGGCACUACAGCCCCAGUGGGCCUAGGCCUACCUCCAUGUACUUCUCCAUUCACUCUCUGUGCAUUGUAUGUACAUUUUAUGUGAUGAAAACCUCAUUCUGUUGACCAUAACAUAUUGAUUUGUCACAAGUCCUUUAAAAUAUGAACAAGUGAUAAUAUUACUUUAAUAAGUGGUCCAUGUACACCCGGGCUCAUGGUGUUUUGUAACGAUAAAUCCGAUGUGGGGAAGACCUGAACUGUAUUGUCUUAAAUCUGAUAUGUUAUUGUAACCUGUGAUGAAAUUUUAAUUCGCAUUGAAAAGAUUGCACUGAUAUGUAAAUCUAUAUGAAAAUAUAAUUAUUUUGAUGUACAAAAUUACCUGUGGUAUGUUUAAUGCUUUUUGAUUAUCUCGUUCAGGUUACAAAUUUUGCAUUUUUUAAAAUUAGCAUAAUGUCUUAAAGCAACUACAAUACACUUAGUGCUUCCCCUGAAUUCAGCCUUAUCCAAACUGAUUCUCGUAUAGUACGAAUAAUUCCGUACAUGUGUUCCAAAAAUUGUAGACUGAACCACUCCACCAAGGAAGGUAACAUUGUGAUAGACUACCCCAUGAUGUAAUCAGCCAUUUCCAAUCCUCAUUUUUAGUAUUAUUCCAUGCAGUGACCUCCCAUAAGAAAUUGUAUAUACCUGUUAAUUUCUAUUCCAAAAUUAAGUGCGCUGCUGUUCAUAUUGAAAGAAAAAAGGAGGUAGCAUUUUUGAAACAAAAGUUAAACAGAGUUGAACUACCGUUAGUAUUUCAGUAAGGACAGCUAAAGUACACAUGUGUUAUUGUUAUUUAAGGUAGCCAUUUCCUCUUUCAGUAUUUAUUUGUAAAUACAUUAUUAAAAUCGUUACUGCUUUGUAUUAGCUAAGAAAUCAAAGUGAGUACAGGAUUGACAUGUUUUCUUGGUGAAGUAUUGACAACACUGCAUGACAUCACAUCCUCCUUGAUAACGUUAAGGUACCUAAUUGUUAAUUCUUCUAUUUAAAUGAAGGAAGAGCUAUAGUAAAUGUUUUCAUACAGCACACACUUGUAGAAAAUAAUGGGGAGUGCCAUUCAUACAGCGAUUUCACACCUUAUUCCGGUAAUCUUAUUACCAGUGAUGUAGUGUCUUAAUUAUUCAAAGAGGCCGUGGUGUCAAGAUCUGUAUUUAAAACACUGGAAAUCAGAAUAUAAUGGAUAUGUUACAAAAUUAUUUACAUUGAUAUUGAGAUUUUUGUAGACUCUUGUUGAGCUGUUAUGGACAUCGGUAUUACAAGAAGAAAUGAGAAGUCAGAUGUGUUGAUGUGUGUUUAUUUAAUUAAACUGAAAUUUCCAACAACGACAUAUUGUUUCAUGAUGAAUGACACAGAUGAAUAGCUUAAUGAUAAGAAUUAUGUAUAUUCAUUUCUUAGUUUAUUUCUGUAAAACUAGGUUAUAAAAUGCCCCUGUCAUGGCUGACUGUCUAACUCAGAUGUAAGGAAACAUUUCAAACACAACACCAUUAUGAUGGGUUAAUAUGAUCACCUAAUCACCUAAUGUGAUUUUCCUUAUCUAAAGAUAUAUAAGACAAAAGUCUUUCCCUAUCUCUCUCUCCCUUGGAGAUCAUGUGGCAUGUCCUUUGACACAACUUCUGAUAACACAAAAUAUGUACUAAAGUGUAUAAUAUUUACUACAUUGUGGCUUCAACUUUCUAUCAGAAUUUUAUCCCAAGAUUCGUAGUAAGAAAUAUAAAAGGUGAUUAAGUUAAAAUUAAAUGUGGGCCGUAAGUUGGUUAUUAUGGCAUCUCUCAUGCUUCCAUUUCUAAGAAAAUAAGAACAUAUUCUUCCUACCAAAUUGUAAAGAUAAAGCUUCUGAGUUGUGAAAUUAUGAGAAUGAAUUCCCAUCCUUUUCAGAUUAGAAGGAAGCUUAUAUUAUUUUCCUUCAUUGACACGAAUUGACACAAACUGCCUCUAGCAUUCCAAUUAAUAAACCGAUGCUUCUCUCCACCUUAUGAUUUUUAUGAGGAAGGAUGGGAGGGAGGGAGGGAGGAAGGUGAGUCCAAUACUUCCAGGUUGGCAGCAUCUAAUUACUUGUAGCAUAUCGCCCACCCCUUGCUUCACACAAAUUGCAGGAUACUUAUAUAUCGUACUAUUACAAAAAUUAAUGAAUAAUUAAAAAUAGUCAUAAGAACAAUUAGCAACAUGGAACAGUUUCACUUCUGCAAAAGUCAAGCUUUUAUUGGUUUGGAGACACUUCAGCACGAAUAAAGUUUGCACAUGUAUAAUUCUUAACAUAAUUGUAGAUAGGUACAUGGAAGUUAAUUAACAUAGCCAAAAUUACAAGACAGGGAAAUUAAUGUAGUUGCUAGUUUUAAAUGUACAUAAACAGAAACUAAGUACAUAUUGUGUCAAAAUGUAAUUCAUAAAUGUGGGAAAAUGAAACUUUCAAAAGGAACUAAUUUCAAAGACAAAGAAACAUAAUGUUCAUAUUGAAAUUCUUUUGAGUAGUUGUAAUAUUGCAUUCAUUUAUUCAUUGAAUUUCAUUUGAUUUUUAAUGUAUUAUGAUGUGACUGGAUAUAAGUCCAGUUGCUCAUCAUCUAGUAACAAACCAAAACAACUGAAACUUCUUUCUGGAAACAUCUGAGGUACAAUAAAAUACACUAUAGAUAACUUUCUACCUUGCACAACAAUUUAUAAUUUUAAAUCCCACAUGACAAUAAGUUUCCACUUCUUGAAUUAGAUUUCGAAUAUUUUAAAUUGAAAAUGAAAAACUGGUAAAACAAUUUUAUUUUAAUCUUAAAUUAGCCUGUAAUUUGUUAAAAAAUGCAUUAAAUAUUUUUCAUCAAAACAAGAAAUUUUUACUGUGAUAAAUCAAAACUAAGUUAAGCUUUCUGUUACCUUCGACAUUGCAUUCAUAUUUUUCUGAAUCAUCUAAUGUCUGGUUUCUGCAGCCCUUCAGUAACUGAGUUUAGACAAAUGCUAUGAAAGGGUCUCUUUAGGAUGAAUGGGCAAAUGAAUGGUUCCAAAACAAGAUGCAGAUAUUGCAGAAUGACAGAAUCAUAAACACAAGAGAAAUGUGUUAAUUCUAAAGAUAAAAAAAAACUGUAUCAUAGGGGCCUGUUUGUUUUAAACAGUUGUUGUUAAUAUAUUGUUGUUAGUUAUUGCUAUAAGCAACCUUGCUGUGAACACAAACAGUUACUGAGGAAUAUGAAUACUUACUGUUAGUAAUACAAUUGCAGGCCUGCACUGUUUUAUAAAUUUUGCGGGUCAGUUUAUUUCAACUUAAUACAGUAUUUAUAUACAUCACUUCAUUUUUGUAUGGUACUUCUGUGGAUAGGUAUUUGCUGUUGAUGUAUCACAUGUGGAAACUAUAGCAUGCUGUUGUAACUUAUAUAAUAAUACAAUUAGAGGAAACUUGAUGGAAUUUAAUAUGACAAUUUUAGAACAACACGAUUGUUAUUUCCCCGUAUUUUCUAAAGUUUUUUCGUUUAUUUUAUUUUAUUUUAUUUGUUGUUACAUUGCCAAUAUAAAUCCAAAAGUUUUCAUUUACAUUAGAAAAUACUGAGAUAUUAACUUAGACUGCAAUUGUGUUUCUAAUAGCAUGCUGUCCCAUCACUAUGCAUAUCUGUUAUUUUCAUCCGAAAUAGUUAACAAGUAAACAGUUUAUAAACACUAGUUUUAGGUGACAUGCCAAAAUUCCCUUACACCUGUAGAAUACCCACGAAAUUAUUCGCCAUAGAGCAAUGUACUUAACACACAAACAUGCUGCCAUAACAGGUGAAGUAAUUUCUUUACUGUAUAGUCCCUUGGAAUUGUGUUACCAUGGCACUGGAACAUACAGUUCUGUGGGUCAAGAAUUAUUCAAGGAAAGAAAAUGGAAAAUAUAUGUACAUAGAAGACCAUUGCAGUAAAUAAAGCAAAAUGGAAGACAUGUUGUGAAUAUUGACAGGAAUAUACAGUCGCUCUGUUGAAAGAUGAAUUAACAUUGAAAAUAUUGAAAUUAAUAAAAAACUGACAUAA